CACCAUCAACAACAACAACACAGUACUGUACCUGGUUGCAGGACAGAACAUGGCCACUAACAUCACCAUCAGUGCACAGGACCAGAACCCUGCUGAUACUGUCUCAUUUAGCCUGGCAUCCCCUGUGCCAACUGGAGCUGUGAUCGGUAGCAGUAGUGGAGAACUUGCCUGGAGCAGUGUACCUACCACCCUGACCUCCAAUACCAGCCUGAAGAUCAUAGCCUCUGAUGGCAAGGCUAACACUGCCCUGCUGCCUAAACUCUUUUACUGCAAGUGCCAGAAUGGAGGCACAUGUAAAUUCAACAUUGAGAGUACAGACUUGUUCACAGAGGUGCCCUGUGAGUGCCCGUCUGGUCGAGAGGGGAACUACUGUGAGAGGGACAUAGACGGCUGUGCUGAUAACCCAUGUUUCACUGGUGUGGCGUGUGUGGAUGUCGCUGCACCAGGCACUGGGUUCCAGUGUGGUCCGUGUCCCCUGGGACUGGUGGGAGAUGGCUCAGUGUGCUCAGAUGAAGAUGAGUGCCUUAAGACCCCGUCCCCAUGUGCCCAGACCUGCAGUAACCUGCCAGGCAGCUACCAGUGCUCUUGUGGAGGUGGAUAUAUCCUGGGGCCUGAUCUCACCACUUGCCUGGAUGUUGAUGAAUGUUCACGUGGCACCCACGACUGUGACUCCAAUGCUGCCUGUAACAACACAGUGGGUUCUUAUAUCUGUACCUGUAAUACUGGCUAUACUGGCCUUGGGACAACUGGACAAUGUGAUGAUAUAAAUGAGUGUAGUGCCAGUCCCUGUCAGGCCAAUGCUGUGUGUACCAACCUGGUGGGCAGUUACAGGUGUGAUUGCUCUCUGGGAUAUGAGCUGGACCCUCUUACUGGACAGUGUACUGAGAUUGAUGAGUGUACCCGUGACAACACGUGUCAGCAGACAUGUACAGAUGGUGUGGCUACAUAUACCUGUGGUUGCAACACUGGAUUUGUCAUUGAUACCACAGAUCAGGUCACUUGUAUUCCUGAGCAGCAGUGUAACAGUGCCCAGAAUGCCACCUGUGACUACACUGGGGACGCAGCCCCACUGUGUGCUGUCAUUCAGGGAGAGGUGACAUGUAACUGUCCACCCAAAUAUACGGCUACUGCUGACAAGAAAUGUGUUGACAUAGAUGAGUGUUCUGGCGCCCACCUGUGUCGGCCAGCCUCAGUGGCUAGCUGUGUAAACACUGUGGGAGACUACACCUGCAGCUGUGGCACUGGCUACAAACUGGAUGUAGAUGGAAGAACUUGUGUUGAUAUUGAUGAGUGUACUGAACUGUCCAGUGGGAGCCCCAUGCACAACUGUGACCUGACCCGUGGCUACUGCAGUAAUUCAGUGGGCAGUUUCUCCUGUGGCUGCAAUGCUGGCUACAAUCUCAAUGCCACUGGAAAUGGUUGUGAAGAUAAGAAUGAGUGUGCUUCUCCCACCACUAAUGACUGUAAUGCUGACUAUGCCAACUGUACCAACACCUUGGGUAGUUACACCUGCACUUGCAAGACAGGCUUUACUGGGGAUGGUGUCAUCUGUGCAGAUCUAAAUGAGUGUGGUCUUGCAACCCGUGGUGGCUGUGCCCAGGGAUGCUCCAACAGCAUCGGUUCCUACAGCUGUUUCUGUGGCAACGGCUAUUUACUAGACGCCAAUGGAUUAACAUGCAAUGAUUAUGAUGAAUGCAGUCGUGAAGCAGACAAUGGCUGUUACAGCAGUCAGUACUGUACCAACACAGUGGGCAGCUACACCUGCACUUGUCCCGUGGACUUUAUCCUGUCCUCUGAUGGAAAGACUUGUACUGCUGCUAACCAGUGUGCAGCAAAUCACAACUGCUCUCACACCUGUGCCAGACUCAGUGGUAAUGACACCUGCCAGUGUCCCAAGGGAUACGAAUUGGACGCCUCUGGCAAGAAUUGUACAGGUGAGAUAAUGUGGAGUACAUCAUAUAUUAGAACAAAUUAG